GGCUUCCUGUCAAACAUCGCUCAGGGAUUACAGACAACCAACGUCGCUGGUUCCCUGUACCGUCUUCUAACGGUUACAGCUGGUGGUAUUAACCUGACCAGCAGCGUUCUCCUCCCGAGUCAGAGUCUCUACAGCUUCCCUACUUGGCACACCGUUUGCUCUCAUGCUUUUGCUAGUCAGCUAACGGUUCUAGCGAGCAUCAUUCGCCUUGACAACCUGACAGCGGUACAGUAAAAUCGGGACCGAAGAGUUAGCGGUUAGCUGGGAGAAGUUAGCACUUUCUCAGGAUGAGUGGAGAUGACCUAAACCCGGCUGCAGUGGCUCAACUUGUGGAGGAUGUGCAGGGAGAUGGACGGUGGUUGUCACAGCAUUCGAGAUUUGUACUGGAGUGUAAAGAUGGUGAGCCAGAUGUGCUUUUCGUAGGAGAUUCUAUGGUGCAACUAAUGCAGCAAUUUGAGGUCUGGAGGGACUUGUUCUCUCCUCUUCAUGCAUUCAACUUUGGUAUUGGUGGAGACACCACCUGUAAUGUGCUGUGGAGGCUGCAAAACGGAGAACUGGAGAACAUCCGUCCCAAGGCAGUGGUGUUGUGGGUAGGAACCAACAAUUACGAACACACCGCAGAGCAGGUUGCGGGUGGAAUUCUUGAAAUUGCACAACUGCUCACUUCCCGCCUCCCCAAGGCAAAGAUUGUUGUACUGGGUUUGUUGCCUCGAGGGGAGCGGCCCAAUCCACUGAGGGAGAAAAACGCUGCUGUUAACAACUUAUUGCGCUCCUGGCUGCCACGACUGGGCCAGGCUCAGUUCUUGGAUGUGAGCAGAGGAUUUGUCCACUCAGAUGGAACCAUUAGCUCACAGGACAUGUUUGACUACCUCCAUCUGACGUCAGCAGGUUACUCCACCAUAGCCAAGCCCAUUAGUGACCUGCUGCUUCAGAUACUGGAAGAGACGCCAGAGGAGAGACGGGCAUCACUGGUUUGAAGGCUGUGGCAAAGAAGCACCCAGAGGUAUGCCUCACCUGCUGGUGUGGGGGAGACAUGUCCCUGGUACCUAGAGGAGUAUGGGCCCACUCUUGGGACUGGAGGGUGGUCCUCUUAGGAUGUGGGAGUACAGUCAUAAGCAGACAGUUAGGUGUGGAGAUGUGUUAAAAGGGAGAGAGAGACCUCGCUACAGACACAGACAACUAAUAACUAGUAACUAACUAGAAAGCUUUAUUGCCAAAAAAAAAAGAUUCAUCAAGCUCAGGCUUCUCUAAAUCACACAGAUAUGAAUAAGAUCAUACGGGACAGCAGUUAGACACACAAACACACACACAAGGCUGGGAUGUCACAAUCACUUUUAGAGGUUGAAAGAAAAUUAAAGAAAUAAAGUGGGAGGAAAUGUUUCUGCAGCACCAAAUUUUAAAGAUUAGGACCUCCUUUGAGCCUCUUCAGAUCUAACUCAUCAAAUAGAAAUGAGUCUGAGGUAAAAAGUCACGCUUAAGUGUGUGACUCCAUAAAACAAAAGGGUUGUGAUCUACAGAGGAAUUCAACGGAGAUGCACACUACAGUAUGUCUCACUGUGAAAACCAACUCACAAUUUUACUAAAAGCAUCCCUAGUUUUGUCUUUGUGUACUUUCAUAUUCACAUCCAAACAGCAAGCACAUAUUGUCUUGUACAGUCCUAUAGCUGUUCUUUAAAACAGUUCAUAUAAAAAAUAUAGCUUUGCAUUUGGCCUGUCUACGGGUCACACACACUAAACAACUCACACCUCAGCUUCUACUUAAACUAGCCAUCACUGUUCACUGCAUGUACAAUUAAAGCUCAGCUUUGUUGUGGAACGCUCUGUGUUAAUCACAGCUGGCCAGUGUCAUGCUUUCUUGCAUAUUAUUCACUCUUUACAAUGUACCUGUUGCAUAAUCUAUUGGUCUUCCAACUCUUCCAGCAAUCAAGUGGUAUUAACAUAGUGUUUGUGGAAUUUCAUUUAAAGAUUUGGGUCCAGAACAGUAGUGAUUUUUUUUUCUUAAUUUUUUUAAUUAAUGAAAAAAAAUAAGCUACACAUUUAACUUGGUUCUGCCAGCUGUUGUAGAAACAUCUGCACAAAUAAAUGGUUGUCAGAGUGGCUACAGUGCUGGUUUCUUGUAUUCCUCAUGGGUGUAUUUUUGUGUGGAGCAUGCUUUGGAUACAUACAUAGUCAGACUUUGGCUAUCACAUGCUCCCUCUCUCCCUCCCCUUUAAUAACAUUUGGAAUUUUUCUCCUAGAGUUCACUGUCUUGUCAUUUAACUUCUCAUUUCCUCUUAAUUUCUGACAGUUUUAUUUGUUGUUUACCCAAACCUGCCACCCUGAAAUCUUCACUU